ACACUGCGUACAAAAGUUCAUUCUUCAUUCGAUUCAUUCCUUUGUACUCCUUUUGAUGUGAUACUUGUGAUAUUGAACGAUGAUUUGAAUCUGUCAUUUCUUUGUUUACGAAUUUUUUAACUACAAGUAGAAUAUUAUACAAUGAUAUGCAAUUAUUGAGGAAAAAAUUGUAUUUAAUUUAAAAUGUGGAGUCCUUUUGAAGCUGGUAGUUCACCAGUUGAUUGGUGUGAGGGAAAUUAUCUAAUAUCACCCAGCAUUGCUGAAUUCAUGAACACGCUCAGCAAUGUUUUGUUUUUAUUGUUACCACCAAUUCUGAUGCAUUUAUUUAAGGAUUACGGAAGAUUUGUUAAUCCUGGAAUUCAUAUAAUAUGGUUCCUUUUAAUGGUAGUUGGUGUUAGUAGUGCGUAUUUUCAUGCAACUUUAUCUCUAAUAGGUCAACUUUUAGAUGAAUUAGCGAUACUGUGGGUCUAUAUGGCUGGUUUUUGUAUGUUUUUUCCAAGAAGAUAUUUUCCGAAUAUUAUGAAUAAUAAUAGAAAACAUUUUUCGUUUUACGUUCUUUCGUCGACUGUAAUUGUCACUGGAUUGGCAUUAAUUCAUCCGUCUCUUAAUGCUUUUGCAUUGAUGACUCUUGGAAUUCCUGCUAUUGGUUUUUUGAUAGUUGAAUUAAAACGGACCAAAUCGACGAGAGUCUAUCGUCUCGGCUUGAGAUGUGGUGCUAUGUGGGUUUUAUCAGUGUUUUGUUGGCUAAACGAUCGACUAUUUUGUGAGACAUGGAUGAACUUAAAUUUCCCUUAUCUUCAUGCUUUGUGGCAUUUAUUUAUUUUUAUCGCCAGUUAUACUGCGACGGUACUUUUCGCCUAUUUCUCAGUGAAAGACGAAAAACCACAUCAAUCUCCAUUACUCAAGUAUUGGCCACGUGAUGAUUUUGAAUUGGGAAUUCCUUACGUAACAAUUAAAAGUUACAUAAAAAUUGAUUACAAUACGCACAUAUAAUUAUCGAUAAUGAAAUGUUUUUUAACAUUAUAAACAAAGAAAUAUUAUCAGUGUUUCCAAAGUUUCUAUUUGAAAUACUAUAUUGUUUUCUUAGAAAAUAACUGAUAAGAAUGAAAUAAUGGAAAACUAUUUUUAGAACAUUAUAAAUUUGUGAGAAGAAAUCUUUGCUUCUUGUUUUAAUGUUCUAAUAUUGAAACAGUGAUAUGUGAAAUCUGUAGACUAAUAUUUUUAAUCUUUAAAAGUACAUAUUUAAUAUAUUUGUAAUACUACUGGAAUUUGUAGUAAAAAUUAUAUGACUAAAUUUUUAUAACUGAAUUUAUAUUCCAAAGUGAGAAAUUUAAGGAAAUUUAUUUAGUAAAAUGCCAACAACAUUCGAAAGAUCAAAUGUUGAAAAUUUAUUUUACUGAAGAAGUAAAUUGUGAUAAAAGUGUCAUAUUGCGCAACACAAUAAUUAUUUUAAGUACCUGUAUUUCGUACAUAAUUUCGUAUUAUAAAAAUUUGUUUUCGAUAUUUUUAAUUUAGAAAACGAAAAAUAAUUUACAUUUCAAGAUUUUUAUAUUUCAAAAUAAUUACUUUUAAAGUUUUUAACAUUAUUAUACAUAAACUGUGAUCUUUGUCUUGUAAAUAUAUUUAUAU